CUCACAGAAACUUGCCAUCUUCAAACAGCAACCAUGGCUCCUAUCGAUGCGGCCGAGGACGAAAAGCAAGAAAGACUCAAAGCCGCGCUCUGGCAUGCAAUAGGACAGACUGUUGAUGCCAUCGCCAUGACGGAGAAGAUGAAUGCGUCGACUCGCUUCAUCGGCAGUCUGAGUGAGCUCGUCUACGAGAAAAUCAAUAGCGCCGCCACCGACCUCGAGGCCUUUGCGAAAAACUCGGAUCGGAAUGUCAUCAAUGCCAAGGAUGUGGUCCUGCUCGGUCGGAACAAUGAUUUUUUGAGAGGAGUCUUGCAGGAACAGGCCAAGCAGGCACGCGAACAAGAUGUCUCAAAGCGUCGAUGAGCAAGUCUAUAUGUGUGUGUCUCCUGAUUCUGUCUGAUUUGAAUUCCAACAUGCCGGACAAUUAUUGCUUGUCGGGAAAUCCGAGG